CUCGACAACAGUGCGUGUGUUACGAGGCAGCGGCUGGAGGAGGAGUAGGGGAAGCACAAAAAAGGACUGAUAGGGGGGAGAUUAAAGCUUUUCGUGUCACUGUGCGGCUUCUUUCUGGAAGGGAGGUGACCCGAGAACAUUUGAUACUUCGUUUAGUUAAUAUGACUGGUUCUUGAAACCGAUAAAAGAAGGAUAACUAUUCCUGCAAAAGUUGUUGUUUGGCUUCACUGUGUCGUCGCGGCGGCGGUAGAAUAAUUUCAUUAAAACAGUUCUGCAGAUGGGUCAGGUUCUUUGGAGGGUCGCUCGGAACCAGCAGCUGCAGCAGGAGUACGGAGAACAGUGCUACCUCCCCCGGGAGCGCGGCCGAAGGAUGGCCACCAACGUCGCCCCCGACAACCUCAACCACCGACGGCACUGCCAGGGUGGGCCGGACAUCUACCAGCUGCUCCGCGCCCGCAGGGGCAAGGAGGAGCGCGGCUUCAUCGACCUGGAAAUGCUCCCUCCAGAACUCAGCAUCACCAUCCUCUCCUACCUGAACGCCACUGACCUGUGCCUGGCCUCCUGCGUGUGGCAGGAUCUGGGGAACGACGAGUACCUCUGGCAGGGGCUGUGCAAAUCCACUUGGGGUCACUGUUCCAUAUACAAUAGGAGACUUCCCUCUGGAUUCUCCUAUAGAAAGCUGUAUAUGCAGCUGGAUGAAGGAAGCCUGACUUUCAACGCUAACUCACAGGAGGGUAUCGGCUACUUCAUGUCCAAGGGUAUCCUGGUUGACCACCCGAAGGAGCUGGCCAAGUUCAUCUUCUACACCCGAAGGCUGAAUUGGAAGAUGUUGAGGGUUUACCUGGACGAAAGGAGGGACGUCCUGGAUGAGCUAGUCACGCUGCACAACUUCAGUAACCAGUUCCUUCCCAACGCCCUGCGGGACUUCUUCAGGCACAUCCACGCCCCCGAGGAGCGCGGAGAGUACCUGGAGACCCUCAUCACCAAGUUCUCACACCGCUUCUGUGCCUGCAACCCCGGCUUGGUCCGGGAGAUGGGCCUCAGUCCUGAUGCCGUGUACGUGCUGUGCUACUCCCUCAUCCUGCUGUCCAUCGACCUGUCCAGCCCGCACGUGAAAAACAAAAUGUCCAAGAGGGAGUUCAUCCGCAACACCCGCCACGCCGCCCAGAACAUCAGCGAGGACUUUGUGGGUCAUCUAUACGACAACAUUUAUCUUAUCGGCCACGUGGCGGUCUAGCGUGCACUCGAGCAGCGGGAAAGCAUCAGCAAACGAACGAUUGCGCCUAUGGGCCCCCGGGGCUGGAAGGUUACCGGUCGUUUUGACCAAAGCUACCCAAGCGAUCACAUUGCCAUGACUCACACGGCACACGGCGAAACUGUUGGAUGAUGCUCGUGCACGAACGCAGUCCAUAUCUAGAGCUAGCGCGCAGGGCAACUAACUGUGAUCACUUUCUAUUUACUACACAAAACUGUAGCUGCAUUCAGAACAGUAUCCAAGCAUAUACUAUAAAAGCAGGUAGAAAAGAAUAUUACAGCAACCGGUAUUACCAUAUAUGGUUCAUAUAUACUUUCAGUAACACUACUAUUGCUUCUGUUUUUGGGUUUUUUGUUAUGUUUUUUCCACACUUCUUUAUGGGUUGUUAGUGUCAUUAAUUUUUAUUACUGAUUCUCUGUGAAUCAGUUUAGUUGGUUAAUGAAGACUUGUGUUUUGUUUACCUUUCGUUUCCCCUUCCGUGAUGAAGAACCCGCUAACCUAUUAAAACAAGAAGCAGUUAAGAGCUGGUUUUCACAGGAAAAUUUUGAAUGUGUGUCUUUCGAUCAUCCUUUGCAGAUCAGGUGACUUUUUUUUUUUUUUUUGAAUGUGUGAUUUCUUUUUUUUUUUGGGAUGAUGGAUUAAUAAGCCUAUAAUCUUUGAGGCACUGUUCUCUAGUAUGCACUGUUGUGUCUUGAAGACAAUCCUUAUGCUUCUGUUCUCUCUCACUUUCCCAGCUUGUUCUCCCCCUAACUCUAAUUCUCUUGUUCUUCCCCCUUUCCUCCCCUCCUCCUCCCACUUUCUCCUCCCUCUCUCUGCCUCGCUUUCUGUCCUUCAGUCUCUCUGCCUGCCCCCCCCUCCCUCCCUACCCAUGUCUCUCUCUCUCUCUCCCUCAGGGCACUUAUAUAGUGGCUUGAUUCUGUAAGCCACAAACAAGCAACCACUCUGCUGAUGUCACGAAAGUCACGAAAGUCUCCCCAUUUUCUCUGCUGCUUUGUCAGCCUUUCGGUAAACAGGAUUUCCCUCAGUGCAUUUUGCAACAAAUGACCAGUUUAACCUGCGCACACAUUUUGUUUUAUUUUUAAUCUGUAAGUUUCUUCCUUGUUACUUACCAUAUCUGAAGGACUCUUUAAUUCCCAUGUGUGGAUCUUUGUUUUCUCUUGCUCUUCUGUGUUGCACAGUAAAGUGCCAACAGCCAAAUAACAAAAUUGGAAAACUGACAGCUAAAGUGGAAUAGGAAAAUAUUGGAUUUGCAAUGAGUAAAGAAUUAAUUAAACCCUAUUUUAUUUGCACAUCAUGUAUAUAUUUAAGUAUAGAGAUUUAUAAAGGUAUAAUUUUAUUUUGAAGUAUUUUAUCAAAAUAUGUUGUUUUCUCUAAAUAGAGUGAAUUGUUUCUUUUUGCACUUACCAGAAAGCAAUUAUUUGAGCACUGAACUGCAUACAAAGACUUUUUUCUUUUAAAUUUGCCUACCAUCAUUAAGAAUUAAUUUGUGAUUAUUAUCAUAUUUUAAUGCUAAAGGAAAAUAAAUGCAGUUUGUCCUAAAAAUAUUAAAAGCUGAAACCUAAUAUUUUUCAUUUGAUUUUGUUUUAUAAUCUGUCUUUUGCCUAGGGUCAGACUCCUCCAGAUAUGACAUAGAAAAGUCAUUUAUGCAGAAUAUUGUUUCAUGGAUUUCAUUUAAACUAGCAAAAAAAAAAUCAAAUGUGAAUAGUUAGUCUGAAUUAAAACACUGGAAAAAAACCCAUCUAGAUUGUAAAAUAAAUUAAUAAAAUGAUAAAACAAAAA